CGGGGGGAGGGAGCGCCGGCGCGGCGCUGAGCUAAGCCGAUCCCACGUGUGACGGAUCUGGCUGCUGCCCCAGCGCCUCUCCAGUGAGAUCCUCCGGUAGCGGAGGGAGGAGGAGGAGGAGGAGGAGGAGGAGGGGGGAAGGGAAAAAGGGGCAAAGCAAGCGGAGCGAACCGAGCCGGAGCCGGGCCGGGGGGGGCAGGCGGGUUGGGCGGGCGGGGGGGGUUCUCUAAGGGGCUCUCGCUCGGCGCGGCCAUGGAGGCGGACGGGAGCCAGGCUACCUCGGGGAGCCCCGGAGAGGCGCAGCACGACCCCGGCAAGAUGUUCAUCGGCGGCCUCAGCUGGCAAACCUCACCAGACAGCCUUAGAGACUAUUUUAGCAAAUUCGGAGAAAUUAGGGAGUGUAUGGUCAUGCGGGACCCCACCACCAAGCGCUCCAGAGGCUUCGGGUUCGUUACGUUCGCGGAUCCGGCGAGUGUAGACAAAGUCCUGGCUCAGCCGCACCACGAGCUGGACUCCAAGACGAUUGACCCUAAAGUUGCGUUUCCCCGACGAGCACAGCCCAAGAUGGUCACAAGAACAAAGAAAAUAUUUGUAGGUGGAUUAUCGGCUAAUACAGUAGUGGAAGAUGUGAAGCAAUACUUUGAACAGUUUGGCAAGGUAGAGGAUGCCAUGCUAAUGUUUGACAAGACGACCAACAGGCAUAGAGGAUUUGGCUUCGUAACUUUUGAAAACGAAGACGUGGUGGAGAAAGUCUGUGAAAUUCAUUUCCACGAAAUCAAUAAUAAAAUGGUAGAAUGUAAGAAAGCACAACCUAAAGAAGUGAUGUUUCCACCAGGGACGAGAGGGAGGGCACGUGGAUUGCCGUACACCAUGGACGCCUUCAUGCUAGGGAUGGGAAUGUUGGGUUACCCGAAUUUUGUUGCAACAUAUGGCCGAGGAUAUCCUGGAUUUGCCCCAAGUUACAGUUAUCAGUUCCCAGGUUUUCCAGCAGCGGCUUAUGGACCAGUAGCAGCGGCAGCCGUGGCAGCAGCAAGAGGAUCAGGUAGGGGGGCCCGUGGAAGAGCAAACCCUCAGAGUGCAGGGUCAGUCUUGAAUAGCUACAGUGCUCAACCGAAUUUUGGCGCACCCGCUUCCCCGGCAGGCUCCAACCCAGCGCGGCCCGGAGGCUUCCCCGGGGCCAACAGCCCCGGGCCCGUGGCGGAUCUCUACGGCACGGCCAGCCAGGACUCCGCCGUGGGGAACUACAUAAGCGCCGCCAGCCCGCAGCCGGGCUCGGGCUUCGGGCACGGCAUCGCCGGACCUUUGAUUGCAACGGCUUUUACAAAUGGAUACCAUUGAAACGUUACACAUGGUUGGUUGCCAUCUCACUUGGAGAGUCUCUCUGGAUGUCCGGGCAAGACAGGGCGAAGUUUCUGAAGGGGCCCACGGUUGGGUGAUCUCAUCAGACUUUGAGCACUACAUCAUCAUCACCAUCAUCAUCAUCAUCAUCACCGCCAACGCAAACUGGAGGUGGCACUCGAAGGACUUGGGUUGUUUCAAAAUCUCUCUCAUCAUCUCAUGAAUCUGCUGUACUAUAAAAACAACAGCUUUUAAAAGUAUGUAUAUAAAACCCA